AUGCUUGCCGAUCUCCCGCCCGAGCUCCUGGCGGCCGUGCUGCGUUCGAUGCGCCUGAGCGACAUUGGCCACCUCGCCUACGCGUCGCGGCCGCUCCUCGGUGCCGACGGGAAGGACCCGCUGCCGCGCCUGCCCGCCUGCGAGGAGUGCUGGGCGCCCUUCUCCCAUCUGCAAGCGGACGGCGACCGCCACUGCCUCUUCGUCGACUCGGAGCGGCGUCUCCUCUCCUGCGGUUUCGACUCGCAGCAUCGCGCCGUCCUCGGCCGCGCCCACGCCGUCGCCACUCGGACCCUUCUCGGACCCUUCUCGGACCCUUCUCGGAACAACAACCGCGUAGGCCACGCCCACGACCUCGCCAGCGGCGGCCCUCCCAGCCUGCGGCUGCCCGUCCCGUCCCCCGUGCCAGCCGCCGCCGCGCUGCGCGUGCGCGGCGUCGCUGCGGGCGCUGUCCACUCGCUGCUUGUCACCGAGGGCGGAGCCGUGUACUCGUGGGGCUCCUCGAAGUUCGGCGCCCUCGGCCACGGCGUCGACUGCGACGGACGGAAGGCGCUCGCCGGCGUGCGCGUGGUCAUGGUGGCUGCGUCUCCGUCGCACGGCGGGUGGGGGCUGGACUACUCGCACUCCCUCGCCGUCGCCGACGACGGCGCAGUCUUUUCGUGGGGGGCGGGCAAGGACGACUCGCGGCUUGGGCAUGGCUCGAGCAACGACGUGCACACGCCGCGCCGCAUCGACGCCCUCAAGAAGCAGCGCAUCGCCUCCGUCGCUGCCGGCGAGAACCACUCGGUUGGCGCAUUCAGCACGUGGGCCGGGGGCUGGGGGUCGGGCGCCCACCCGCUGGAGCACCGCAAGCAGGACGACGUGAAGCUGCUGCCGCCGACGCUGGUCGGCGGGCAGCUGCGGGGGGAGAGGGUUCGCUCCAUCGCCGCGGCGGAGCUGCACAAUCUCGCGGUCACCGAAGAGGGGGCCGUCUUUUCGUGGGGCGACGCCACCUUUGGCAAGCUCGGCCACGGCAACCUCGUCGAUUGGCCGGCGCCGCGCCGCGUCGAGGCGCUACGAGGCACCCAGGUCGGCGCGGUCGCGACUGGUCCUCGCCACUCCCUCGCCGUCGCUGCCGACGGGCGCGUCUUCGGCUGGGGCUUCGGCGACGACACUCUCGGCCUGCGAGCCUUCCACAAGGCGGCGCCCGUCUAUGGCGCGUGCCAGCUGGGAGCUGGGGGCGGGAGCGGCGGCGGCUGGCGGCCGCCAAGGCCGGUCCCCGCCGUGGGCAGCUCCUUCUGCCUCCUCACGCCGACCGAGUACCCCCGCUUCAUCCGGCUCGCCACUGAGUAG